AUGAUAAUUCAUCAAUCAAAUGUGGUUUACUUAAACUUGUACCUUUUUUUUUUACAGAUAUUUGUUUUCGUCGUUUUGUUACCCUUCUGUUUUGGGCAAUUCUCUAUUCAAGGGCCAAGCGAUGGAAAUCGACGAGCACAGGGUCUUAAGUUCACUCAAGACAAAGGUGUUGAGUACACUGAUCAAGCAGAAUCUCUAAGAAACGAUGGCUUUUCAAUUGUAGGCGCCAGCGACGGAAAUAGUAAUUUUCAAAUUCAAGGAGCUACAGAUGGAAACUCUGAUUUUAAAAUUCAAGGUGCCACAGAUGGAAAUUCUGAAUUUCAAAUCCAUGGUCCAACUGAUGGAGGUAGUCAAGCUUACGUUCAUAACUAUGAACAACAACAGUAUCAACAGCCAACUACAAGUAAAUCAUUCGAUUACCAAGAAGAAAAUGGUAAUCAAGUCCACUGGCGAUCUUAUAACCGAGCAACCGAACAACAAACUCAGUACCAAGAGCCCGAGGUUGCUCGGCCCGUUCAGCGUCGGCCUUCUACUAGACGAGCUCCACAACAAGCUGCAGUUCAGCAACAACAACAGCCUCAAGCUGCUCAACCUCAACCUCAAUAUCAACAAAAUCCAGGGUUUCUAGGCAACGUCAAUUACAACCCAAUUGAAAAAGCACCCCCAUCAAUUCAAGAAAUACUUCAGUAUCAAGCUCAAAUACCUUAUAUUGAUAUCGUACCCGAAAAAACAAGAAUCGAAGCUCUUGAAGCAGCAAAAGCUCAGGCUGCUAAGUUUGCCGAAGACUAUCCGAAACAAGUCUUAGCUCAACGACCACCUCAAGUUAUAAUUGAAGAAGCUCCACGCAAUCAGUACAGACCAAAACCACGUCCACGCGAGCGGCGUCAAACAGCCCAAUACCAAGCACAACAAGACGAAGUUGUAUAUUAUGAGCCCCAGGAAUAUACUGUGCCGUCUCAAGAAGAGAGCUCUGAGCACCAGCGACGUCAGGCUUCUUACUAUGAAACCCCAGCUUCACAAGAACAAUCACAUUUGAUUCAAGCUCAUGAACCAUCAGCGGCUGAAUAUUACGCUCAAAGAUCUAAUUAUUAUGCCCAGCAGCAUCAACAGCGUCAGUUACAACAACACCAAAAGCGCCAACAAGUGCCUCUUAACGAUGUUUAUCAACAACAACGUCAGGCUAUAUAUCUUCAACAAGAGCAAGAAAAACAAGAAGUUCAGCAUCAACCCCAGCAACAGCAGUACGUGAAACCUCCUGCAGCUACAUUAUCAUCCUACAAGAGGCUAAGUCAGCCAUUGUCUUCUGAAAUUCAGCCUACUUAUUCAACAAAUGUACCACAGCAAAUUCAAGAGAUCCUUAAAUUUCAGGCUCGAAUACCAUAUGAGAUAGUAGCCAAUCAAAUUAACAUAGGACCAGUAAAGCCUUAUGUACCACAACCAGCUCAACAAGUUCCACAGGAGCAGCAAGUUCAAGAAGCUCCACAUUAUAAGCCUCAAACAGAUUACCGACCUCAAACUUUCGAUCAUGAUCAAGCGCAUGUUUAUUCAUUAAAAAAGCAACUAUUAAAUCAACAACAAGUUAACCUGCAACAUUAUGGACAGCAAGCUGACCAUGGAUUUAGACCACUUCAUGUCAGGCAAAAUUAA